CGAUUUAUAGCCGUUGAUUUCAACAGGAGCACUGGAUAAAACGACCCGAUUCGUUUAGCAAGUAUUUCAUGACCCGAUAAAGUUGCAGACAGAGAUAGCGAGGCCAACGACCAAAGUCAUGGCCUCAUUCCUUGUAUGCUUCCGCUCAUUGCACUUAAACCCUAGCUCUGCAACGAUACCUCAAGCUCCAAAACCUCUAAAUCCCAAUCGAACAUUACAUUAUACUCUAAAUCCACUGAAGGCGUCCAUUAAUGGAUAUACCGAUGGAGCCAUUGAGUCUCCAAAACCCGCUCGCCGUGGCAGAAAGAAGAAAUCCACAUCAACAACGACCACCACUUCAGCCCCAAAGAAAGAAACGAAGCGCUCUAGAAAACCCAAACCGCAAAACGGCACAAUUGAAGUCGAAUUGGAAUCGCCAAAAACAGAGCGAACUGAUGAUGAGAUAGAUAUAGAGGAUUACGACGACGGCAUGGAUUCUCAAUACGAUUAUCCUCCUUUAAUCUGCUGCUUCGGAGCAGCACAGAAGGAGUUUGUGCCCACGGUGCGGGUUCACGACAUCCAGAGGCACCCAGACAUUUACUCCUCUUGGAAGCAGUCGCAGUGGGACCCGCCGGAGUUCGUGCGUGCCCCCGGUGGACCGGCGUCGAAUGUGGCGAUAUCGCACGUGCGGCUGGGCGGGAGGGCUGCAUUCAUGGGGAAGGUUGGGGACGAUGAUUUUGGAAAAGAAUUGGUGCUUACGAUGAACAAAGAGAAAGUGCAGACUCGGGCGGUGAUGUUCGAUGAGAAUGUGAAAACUGCGUGUAGUUUCAUGAAAGUGAAGUUCGAGGACCGGAAGAUGAGGAUGGAGACUGUCAAGGAGGCUGCAGAGGAUUCCUUAAUCAGCUCUGAAUUGAAUCUUUCGGUGCUCAAAGAGGCAAGAAUGUUCCACUUCAACUCAGAAAUACUAACAUCCCCUUCAAUGCAAAAGACCCUUUUUAGAGCAAUUGAGAUCUCUAAAAAGUUUGGUGGGCUCAUAUUUUUCGAUUUGAAUUUGCCAUUACCUUUGUGGAGAUCACGUGAUGAGACAAGGGAAUUGAUCAAGAGGGCCGUGAAUGUAGCAGAUAUAAUAGAGGUAUCAAGGCAAGAGCUAGAAUUUCUCCUAGAUGAAGAGCAUUAUGAGAGGAAACGAAAUUACCGACCGCAAUACUAUUGUGAAAAUUUUGAGCAAACCAAGCAGCGGCGAGAUUAUUAUCAUUACGCCCCCAAGGAAAUCUCCCCAUUAUGGCAUGAUAAACUUAAAUUUUUGUUCGUGACGGAUGGAACACUUAGAAUUCAUUACUAUACUCCAUCAUUUGAUGGCGCGGUGGUUGGAACAGAAGAUGUGCUCAUCACCCCUUUCACUUGUGAUAGGACUGGUUCGGGUGAUGCUAUUGUUGCUGCCAUCAUGAGAAAGCUUACCACUGUCCCUGAGAUGUUUGAGGAUCAAGAUAUCUUAGAGAGACAGCUUCGGUUUGCAGUUUCCGCUGGCAUUAUAGCUCAGUGGACAAUUGGUGGAGUGAGAGGGUUUCCCACCGAAAGCGCUACACAAAAUCUGAAGGAACAGGUUUAUGUACCUUCAAUGUGGUAAACAUAAAGCGAAGAGAAGUUACAAAGCAUCUACAGGCUCAGAUUUGCUGGUGUUUAAUUGCAUCGUCUUCUGAGGUUGUGAAGAUUGUUUACGGCUUCGGAAUUAGUUGCUUUAGCAGUGAUUGCAGAAACACCAGGUGAGGAUUCGUAACUUAAAAAAAUUGCAUGAAAUGUAUGCAGUCAACUUGUUGUAUUUCAGCUUCUGCUUCAUUUCACAUUGUGCCAGUGUUUGAUUAUCUGGCCUAUGAUGAUCUUGUACCAUUUGUAGGCAAGAAUAGCAUUUGUACACUAUGAUUCUGUGUAACCUUUCUUCUUUGUUUGCAUGCCUGCACUCUGCUAAACCUCUGAUACUAUUUCACUUAUUCAGUGAUAUUCGUCUGAUUGUAAAUGCGUUAUUAGAGAAUUACACUGA